AAUUGGUAUUAGCGGUAUAUUUUUUGGACACACGGCAUGUUUUUGUGACCGCGGCAGGGUAACACUCUUUUGUUGCUGAUUAAAAAUCCGCUUAACUCGUGGCGAAAUUUGCAUUUACGAUUUCGCAUACAAAUCGCGUUGAAAAACAGAAUGCCGGGCGUUGAAACGAUCAAAUCCUCCUGGGCCGACGAGGUGGAGCUCGACUAUGGUGGACUCCCUCCGACGACGGAGACCGUGGAGAACGGGCAGAAGUACGUGACGGAGUACAAGUACAACAAGGACGACAAGAAGACGAAGGUGGUGCGCACGUACAAGAUCUCCAAGCAGGUGGUGCCCAAGACGGUGGCCAAGCGGCGGACCUGGACGAAGUUCGGCGAGUCGAAGAACGACAAGCCCGGCCCCAACUCGCAGACGACCAUGGUGUCCGAGGAGAUCUUCAUGCAGUUCCUCAACUCCAAGGAGGACGAGAAGGCCAACGACCCGCUGCUGGACCCCACCAAGAACAUUGCCAAGUGCCGCAUCUGCAACGGCGAGCAUUGGUCGGUCAACUGCCCGUACAAGGGCACGGCGAUGGACACGAAUAUGAUGGAGAAGAAGGCCUCGGCAGCCGCCGCGGCCGCCGUCGAUGCGCCCAAGUCCGGCAAGUAUGUGCCGCCGUUCCUCAAGGACAGCCAAAAGGGCGCGCUGGGAAUGCGCGGACGCGACGACACGGCCGCCAUCAGGAUAUCCAAUCUGUCGGAGUCGAUGACCGAGGCGGAUCUCGAGGAGCUGGUGAAGAAGAUUGGGCCGCAGAGCAAGAUGUAUCUCGCCCGCGACAAGAACACCGGACUCUGCAAGGGAUUCGCCUACGUGCACUUCAAGCAGCGCAAGGAUGCGGCCGCCGCCAUCGAGAUCCUCAACGGACACGGCUACGACCACUUGAUCCUCAGCGUCGAAUGGUCCAAGCCCCAGAACAAUUAGUUAGUCCCGUUCCCACUACCCGCGUUUACUGCUCAUAGGAGUCCGUUCGAGUCGAUCACACAAUUUGUCCCGAUGCUAUGCUAAGUUUGCUACAAAUAAAUCUUAAAACAGCCCCCACGGGCACCGAAAA